AUGAUUUUUGUUUUUCUCUUAGUAAUUCUCGCCAAUGACAUAAGAGCUCUUUCUUAUAAUCAACCCAAAAUAUGUCCAACUGGAAUAUGGAAAUCACAUGGAAAUUAUUUUGUUUUUCAAGAUACAUUGGUUUCCCAAUGUUCUACCCUGUUUGUUGAUUCAAACAAUACGAUUUAUUAUGCUGAUCAUCAAAAAGAACAAAUUAUCGUUUGGUUCAAAGAUAAACCUCAACCUAUAUCCAUUAGCUAUCUAUUUCAUUCAGAGUUAACUUCUCUAUUUGUAUGGAAUAACGGUGAUAUUUAUAUGAGUGAUGCUAACAAAAGAAUUCAUAAAUGGAUAGCGAGUACAAAUAUCUUUGUCUGCAUUAUAGAUACCAAAGCAUUAUGUGUGGGAUUGUUUAUAGAUCUUAACAAUAAUUUAUAUUGUUCGAUGACUAAAGAAAAUAAAGUUAUGAAAAUAUUCUUGAACGAUAAUGAUGGAGUAAAUAAAACAAUUGUAGCUGGUACAAAUACUUUCGGUAUGGCUCUGAAUCAACUGAAUGGACCUUGGGGAAUCUUUGUGGAUGCAAAUUUGAAUUUAUAUGUAGCAGAUGUACGAAAUAAUCGAAUUCAAUUGUUUCACUUUGGCGAAAUGGUUGGAAAAACAGUAGCAGGAGAAACUUCAUUAGAUAUUACAAUUCAACUUUAUAAUCCUUACUCAAUUAUAUUAGAUUCUGAUGAAUAUCUUUUUAUUGCGGAUACAGAAAAUCAUCGUAUAGUUGGAUCAGGGCCAAAUGGUUUUCGUUGUCUAGUUGGAUGUAAUAGGAAUGUUGAGACUUUGAAUAAAUUAUCACGACCAAGAACACUCAGCUUUGAUACAAACGGAAAUUUAUUAGUUGCUGAUACAUUUGCACAACGAAUUAAAAAGUUUAAUUUGCAAAAAGAUUCUUGUGUAAUUGCUCCAUCUACUAUUGGAGAAACGUAUUCAUCAAUAUUGACAUCCAAUCAUACAAUGUAUUCACGCACCCUAUUCGAUCAUUCAUAUUAUCAUUAUGAAGCUAUAGGAAUAACUGUGAGUAAGACUAACUUCUAUAUUCUGACUGGUAAUGGUAGUGUACAUCUCUAUGGUCAUGUGUAUAAAGAUUAUUUUGAUCGAUUUAAUCCUACUGAAAAUCUAAUUGCAUGGAAUGGAAAUUGUUGUAAUAAAGAUCAAUUCAAAUUCACACUUGAACUUCAAAUCAAUGUUAAAUACAUAUUAGUUGUAACAACAUAUCAUCCAAAUGUAACAGGUACGUUUUUAAUUACAAUAUUUGGCUCAGAUAGUAUUUAUCUGAAAAGUAUCGAUACGGAACCAUCAAUUGAAUCAAAUUAUUCGUUUGUAUGGACGGACGAUCAUAAAUCAUACGCUCCUUUUGUCUGUGAUGACGAUAUUGUUCGUCCUUACGAAGCAAUACAAAUAGAUGUGAAUGAGACUGGUUUCUAUACAGUUUUUCAACAUCGUUAUACAGAUAGGUACAGUUACAUGUAUGAAUCUCAUUUUUAUUCUCUUAUACCACAUGGAAAUCUGAUUACGAAGAAACUUAACUAUUUCAAUUCUUUUUCUGGUCGUCCACUUACUGUUAAACUGAUGAAUAAUAUUAGAUAUAUAUUAGUCGUUACAGGAACAUAUAUGGGGCAGGAAGUUACUGUCAAAAUUCUUGGUAAAAGUAAAGUCAAUUUAUUACGCACACAUGCUUUGCCUGCUGUUGUUUCGCAUUACUCGUUACAAACAACAACACAAAAUCAGACAUAUGCAAAAGGCUGUACGAGUUGGCUUUUUUAUUAUGAAACUAUUCGAUUAACUGGUUUUACAAAUGCAUAUUAUUCAUUUUCCGGUGCGAAAAAUGUACGUAUAUAUCCGUAUCUCUAUAAAAAUCAUUUUGAUCCAUUGAAUCCAAGUCGAAAUUUGAUUUCAAUCGAGCGACAUCUUUGUGAAGAUCCUUUUCAAAAUGCAGACAUGUUCACAGUUAAGCUUCAGGCGAACACCAUAUACAUAUUAUUGUUGACAACUCAUGUUCCAGCCAAGUUUGGAUAUCCAUUAACAAUCGUAGUAAUUGGUCCAACCAUGGGGUGGAAAAUCUCAAAUUAUUACCAGUUUUCAAAAAUAACGUCCUAA